CACUCUGAAACCCUGCUGUGAGCUAGCUCCAACCCAUCUCUCUCUCUCUCUCUCUCUUGAGGCCAAAUAAUAAACAGAAAUGGGCAAAAUGGGUUAUCUUCAACCUCGAGAAUAUACCAUGAAAACCCAUCUGAGGUUUGUGAUGAUCACAAUUCUCUUGUACUGGACUCUGUUGAUUACACCAAACAGAGCUCAACAAGAAAAUCGCAUAGAAGAAAGGAUUAGCACAAACCCAUCAUACUACUACAACCUCUGCGCAACCAGUGUGUGCAACAACAUAACCCUGAUUUACCCAUUCCGUAUCCCGUCAACUUGUCAUAUUACCUCUUUGGACCCCUGGUGUGCCAGCGACAACCGCACCUUCUAUCUCACCAGCCCUCAAUCCAACAAUACCUUUAGGGUCUUUCCAGCCAACUUCACCACCGACGGGGUGACCACCGACUUCGUGAUGGCCUACAACCCUCUCUUCAGCUGCGGACCCAUCUCAAAGCCCAACUACUUCGAGGGCUCCUCACCCCUUACCUUACCACUGGAUUACAACGUGGGCACCCACCUUAACUGCACUAGACCAAUCCCCGCCGGAGCACUGCAGGGACUCCAGAAUGCCUCUUGCCUUGGCUGCCCCGGUCAGGAUCCCAACAAUGUGUGCUUCUAUGCGCCGGGUCUGGUAUCCUACCAGAACUGCGAGACCUACUACAUGUACACCAAGAAGGGAUUCAAUGUGAGCGCCGAGAAAGACCUGAGGGGUUACCUGCAGCGAGGGUUUGAGAUGAGAUACGCGAAGCCCAGAGAGUGCCGCGGCUGUGAGGCUACCGGUGGUAGGUGCGGCCGGAACCCUUCUUCUUCGACGGAGUCCUUUGUUUGCUUCUGCCCCUCUACCAUCCACUCUUUCAACUGCUCCGACGGUAUGAUGAUAGACACAACAACAUGGGCCCCAAGGGAAAGAUCUGGACCAUCCAAAGCACUCAUUGCAGCGGUUUCUGCUUCAGUCUCGGUGGUGUUUUUAGCACUGCUCACAGUGGCUGUGACUUUGUACGUAUUCCGUAAAGACCAUAAGAGAAACUUGAAGGAAGCCGUCUCCGACAUGUCCCCAACCAGAUAUUCUUACUCUCAGAUUAAGAAGUUCACUAAUAAUUUUUCAUCCAAGCUCGGAGAGGGAGGAUUUGGAACCGUUUACAAGGGGACACUCAUACAACGAAAAGGGGUUCAAGUACCUGUUGCCGUAAAGCUUCUCAAGUCAAAACAAAGUGAGAAUCAAUUUAUGAAUGAAGUUGCCACAGUAGGGAGUGUUCACCACCAACACUUGGUGGGUUUGCUGGGUUACUGUGCUUCAGGUCAGAGGCGUGCACUAGUAUAUGAGUUCAUGGAAAAGGGAUCCUUGGAUAAGUAUAUCUACAAUAUAACUGAGAGAGAAGGAGGAGAGGUAGUAGAAGAUAAAUCCAACUUGGCCUUGGAGAGGCUAAGCUAUAAACAAAUGUAUGCUAUAGCUUUAGAAACUGCUAGGGGUAUACUCUACUUACACCAAGGCUGUAGAAAUAGGAUAUUGCAUUGCGAUAUUAAACCCCAAAAUGUGUUGCUUGACUCUAACUUCACAGCCAAAGUGGCGGAUUUCGGGCUGGCUAAGAUGAUGGACAAGGAUCAUAGUCAUGUAUCCUUGACAAGGGCUCGAGGCACUCCGGGGUAUGUUGCACCAGAGAUGUGGCUAAAGAAUUAUGGUCCAGUCACGGAGAAGUCGGAUGUGUAUAGCUAUGGGAUGACACUUCUGGAGAUGAUUGGAGGAAGGACAAACUAUGAUCUGGAGGCUGAAGAGUCUAGCCAAGCUUAUUUUCCUCUAUGGGCGUUUAACAAGGUUAAAAUUGGUGAAUCACCUUUAUUGAUGAGAAAGAAGGAGAAUGCUUUGGCUGUGAUUGAUCAGGGGAAAGAAGGAGAUGAGGCAAUUGUGGAGAGGAUUUGUUUGGUAGGUCUAUGGUGCAUUCAACACAUCCCAUCUAACAGGCCAUACAUGGAUAGAGUUAUCCAAAUGUUGGAAGGUAGUGCUGAAAUUGAUAUCCCCCCUAACCCUUUUCCACCGGAGACAGGAGGAGAAUUUUGAGGACUUUGGUCGUGACCCUUCCUUCAGUAGUUUUAAGUGUUGAAGACUUGAAGCCAUGAGCUUUCCAUCUGUAAUAGUGUUGUUAAUGGCAAUUAAUUAAUGGGUCGCCAGAAGUAGAGACUUGCAAUAAUUGAUAAUUCAGUUUGCUAGUAUGCUUUGGGGUCUGGAUCCUUUUCCCACAUGACGACCUUUUUACAUCGGAUCUCACUGUCCAUGAGAUAUCAAACCACGAGUCAAUGGUGUAUUUAAUGAUUUUGACUCGUUGUCUAACUAUCAUUUUGACU